UCUUAAAAUCAGUCCUGAAACCAACAGGGAGCCGAUGUAAAGAGGCUGAACCAGGUGUGAUGUGGUCCAACCUCUGGGUCCUGGUUUACAGCCGAGCAGCUGAGUUCUGAAAAAGGCCUGCCGGGUGGCGUCGCUGUCACACACUAAACCUACUGAGCUUUGAGAGCUUUACUCAAAUUAGUUUUCAAAUGUAUCAAGAGUCUAGCCCCAGAGCCUUUUCCCAGUUACAUCCAAACACAAGGCAGUAACUGGUGCGUGGUGAAUGGCAACUGUAAAAUACCACAUCGUAGAUCUAAAUUUGGACAGUCGGCUUUCUCCAUAAAGGGCUGUCAGCUCUGGAGCACAUUACCAACAGAAAUCAAAUUAAUUCCAGAUAUAAAAUCUUUUACAACAAAGGUUAAGUGCUGGAUAAAAGCAAACCAGAGCUGUACCCAUUUUUAGCUACCUGCACUUUAAAUUACCAAGGUGUAUCGGUGUAUGUGUAUUUUACUGUAUUUCCAUAUCUUUAUUGUGGUUUUAUGUUACUGAAAGCUGUAUAUUUUACCUACACUGUACAUGUAAAAGCCCAAUAGGGACAAGAGUUGAAAAUUAGCAAUAGCUAUAAACUCUCUGUGCAGCAGUUACAUCGUCCCAAUCAAAUUUAAUUAAAAUAAAAAACAAACAAACAAACCGAAUAACAGUUUUCUUUCUGACUAUUUGGUUUUAUGAAUAAAAUAUCUUCCCAACAAAAUAAGAAGAUUAAUGAUGAAACAUUUUUUAUUGGCAGUUUUAUCAUAAAAACAGAAGAGCAUGUUUUCGUACGUAGGAAAUCCGACAAUUUUCCCCAUUCGGUGAACGCAGCGUGAUCGCCGCUUGUUGCCUAGUGACCGGUAACGCUGCGAGUUGAUUCCAACGUGGGAAUCCGCAGAGGGAAGUGGCGUCAAGCCAGAACGAAUGCUAAACGCUACAUCCGGUCACAAGCUUGAAAAUAAAAGCUGGCGAACGCCAAUGAGAAAAUUUCACAAUAUGCCAGUACAAAUUGUGGAAACUAAUUAGCACAAUUAUGUUGAGAAUUAAAGUAUUUUACCGUUUUCGUUUAAAUUAAAACACCGGUGUUCUUAAGAUUUUCUCUUUUGUUUUCGUUAAAGUUUUACUUUGAAGGGUAAUUCACCGUGUUUCCGGUAAAUCCGUGCGCGUGACGCAGCUGUUUGUCUUGAACAUUAAUUCUACUACCAACCUCCGAGAUUACCGCGGCCGGUGCGAUGUUGGACACGGUUACCAACGUUAGAGAAAGACCAAAGUGAUUUUUUUUUUAUUUUAUUUUUUUAUACUUUAUACAGUAUAUUCUCGCUGUUAAUCAAGGCAGGGGUCGUCACAAGCGACAUUUCUUAGCUAAAAUAUGGACGCAGCGGUGCGGUUUUAAGUUUGAUAAGCUAGCUAACGUUAGCUUAACUUUAACUAAUUAACGGCUGUGUUCUCGCACACAAACAAAAAUGUCGGAGGAGAACAUCAGCUUGUAUGACUUGUUGAACUUAUCCAUCGGGACACCUCACAGGGGAGCUGUCAAUUUCGGCGCCCUACACGCCCUGCUCCACGCCGUCCUGAGGCAGCUGAAUAUCCGGGACAUGAAGACCCGGUGGAGGGACACUCCUCUCGGCCACGGGCUCCCUGAUGCUCCGGUGGGUGUCACCGCUGCCAAGCAGGACCACCACGCAGAGGAGGAGCACCAGAUUCAGAGGGACCUCUCCACGGAGGAGCAGGACGACAGGUCCGACACAGAGCUGCAGGAGCGGAUAGCCUCCUCUUCACCUCCGACCCCCUCCUCCGGCCCCGCGGCGGACCGGAGGCUCCGGUCCCGCAUCGAGACCUGCGAGGACGACGUGUCCAAGGCCAUGAAGCUCAUACAGGAGCUCCACAACCAGAAAGACAAUCUGAAGGAGGAGAUUAAGAAGCUCCGCCACCAACAGAAGGUGGCUGGUGCUGAAGCAGAGGCGGUCACCGCUGUGGAGAAGUGCUGCCACCGUGUGGACGCCCUGGAGGAAACUGUGAGCUCACUGAGGGACACAUUUCAGAAGUAUCCAGACCCAGAGUUGCUGAGUCAGUGUGUGACCUGGGAUGUCAUGCAGUCAACUCUGCUCAGUGAGAAGGAAAACCUUCAGAAGGAGCGUGUAAAUUCAGGGGUUGUUGAUCCAGCCACAGUGGUCCAACCCGCAUACACACCUUUCAACAGCAACUUCCCUGCUGUAAACACUGCACCUUCUCACACCAGCACGCCCUCCUCCUCCCACCCUGUCGAGGAUACCGGCAGGCCAGCAGCUCCUAGUUCUCCAUCGAUUUCUGGACAGAUUUCCACUCUCCAGGAAGUGACGGACGCCCGACCAGCCACAGAGGCUCCUUCGGUCCUGUCAGGGCCACCACAGCAGACUCAUCCUAAAACAGGCCAGACGGCUGCUGGUAUGCCCCUGUCUCGAAAGGCCAGCGGCUCAGAGCGCUACCCCGAGACGGUGGAGGCCCUGAGGAACAUCAGCAAACUGAAGGAGAGGUUCAACAAGCUGGAAGCUCGUGUUGCGGCGCUGGAAGAAGGAAAGGUGGACCAUUCGCAGCUGACGCACCUCAGAGAGCUCAUCACUAACAAGGGUUCACAGGAUGCGUCGGAUAACCUGAUGGAUCAACUGAACCAGCAGAGAGCUUUAAUAGACAGCUUGAUGAGUGACCGGGAAAAGCUGGACAAUUUGGAGGACAUGUUUAUGAACCUAACGAGCCAAGACAGAGAAACCACCUCAGAGGCAGCUUCGGGGAGCGCAGACUCAGACAGCAAAGCCUCUCAUGAGCUCAGACAGCAAAUAUCCUACGUCAGGACGUCUGUGAAGAAGCUGGAGGAGGACAUGGAGCAGCUGAAGGCCAAAAAGGCUUUAAGUGAGGAGAGAACAACAGACCCACACCUGCAAGAUCAGCUGGACGACCUGCGAGGCAUGUUGGAGGACAUGAUGCUGUCCUUGACCUCUGAGCUGUCCAGCAGCCUCCAGGACGAGGCUGGGCAGGAUGAGAGCGAUAGCCAGGGCCUCGGUCAGAGUAAAGCGAGAUCAGCGUCCACCACCAGCACAGUAAACACUGGCAGGAAGCUCAGCCGUCUGUUCCAGCACUACGAGCAGCUGCAGGACACAGUGAACAGCCUUCUCCAACAGCAGACUGGAGGCAGAGCAGGGGCACUGAAGGACAUAGAGAAAGUGGAGCUGGUGAACGAUGUGCAGAAGGCGAUCCUGCAGCUUCAAGCAGAGUGUGAAAAGCUGCAUGAAACCACCAGGUGUCUGCACGAGGACAACAGAGAGAAACAGAGCCACAUAGAGGAACUGUACAAGACGACGGAGGAGCUGGAGGAGAAGAAGGCUGACAAGCAGAUGGUUGAGAGUGAAAUCAAAGCAGAUAAAUCUGCUCUGGAGAGCAAAGUGAGCCGUCUGCAGUUCGACUCUGUGACAGAGCAGCUCAACACCAUGUUCCACGAGCUGCUGAACAAGGUGACCGGCCAGGAGCAGGACUGGCACAAAGUCAUCGACAAACUCUCCACUGAGAUGGAGUGUAAGUUGAACAGGAUUGAGUUGGACUCGGUGAAGAAGCAGCUGGAAGGUCGCUGGAAGAAUAUCCACGAGAAGCUGCAGGCUCAGGGAGCUCCAGAGCUCGAUGACGCUGCUGGUUUAAGAAAACAACUCGUGGACAGAUUUCACUGCCUCUCCUGUGACCGACCUGUUGUCAAGUACACCCCCGGACCGCAUUCGGUGAAGCUGCCUUCCUCUCCUGGAUUCCCCUCGCACAAGUCCAUCAGGCCGUUUACUGUGUACGCUCUGGAGCAGUUUCGACAGCACUACAGGAGCCUGAAACCAGGGACCAACCGCUACAACUUUGAGGUAGCUAACCCUGGCAGGAGAAGGGAGCAGCUUCAGAAGAGCCACGCUGUGAUGUGCAGGCAGAUAGAGAGCGUGCAGAAGCGGCUGAAACACUGUGACAGGGCCGGCAGCUGCGACACCGUGAGCAACAACCUGAUCCAGAACCAGCCGGGAACGCUGCACGAGCGUAUCUCUGAGGUGACGGACUACAGUCACCUGCCCGUGUCGCGGAGCUGCGGCGGGAUUCACACAGUCACCUCCGCCGGCCAGCGACGCACCGGCCUGCAGUACAUGAAGCACCACACCCAGACCGAGGUGGACGGGGCGAUUCAGUCGGAGGAGAUUGAUAUCGUCGGCCUGGACGGGCAUAUUUACAGAGGUCGCCUGAACGCACCUGCCAUGAGAAAUACAGAAACUAAACUACCUACAAUUUCUACCAAAGACGGCAUGUUCAAACCUAAAGACAAAGCCAAGUGCUCCCUGUCCCACAAACCCACUACUUCUCCAGGAGGUGGGACACGGCGCUCCGGCUCACCACCCCCACAGUGCCAAGAGUGCCCAGUGCAGCCGCUCAGCCUCCAGCAGCUCGGGUCGGGACUGGCCCGUGUCAGCUCUGGGCUGCACGUCUCAGAGCUCCCUCACUCCGGCUUCACCUGCAGCAGAGAGCAACGCAGAGCCUCCGGCUGACGAGCUGCUCAACCUGUAGGGGGCGACACGAAGCCCUAUACUGUUUUUGAUAUGUAAUUAACUUCUGCAGAGAGAAGGUAACCUGCUUCCACCUUUUUCUAGUUGAAGUUUAUGCACUACAUGUCCCAUAAAUCACCUGUAAAACACUGAGUCCAGCAGUGCGGCGGCUCUUUGGAUUUUUUUUUAUUUUUGUAACUCUGAGUUUCUGUGAUCAGCCACUUUAAACAUUGUUAUUAUUAUUAAUAAUAAUAAUUAUUAUUAUUAAUAAACUUGAGUGUAAAUUUGAUCGCUUCCUGUUGCUCCAGAGGAUUCUUCCAAUCAAUGGGACACAAAGGUUUAUAAGUUGUAACUAAUGGCUUUAUUAAAGGAUAAGUCUCGU